CUGCCAUGGAGCUGGCUGUGGCGGUGGUUUUUCUUCUGGCAUUUGCGACCAGUCUUUGUUAUUGCCUUCAUGGGACGGCUGUGGGCGCUCUGCUCCUGACAGUCUUCAAGAUGCUGCUUUGCAAAGGCAGAAGAAGUCCCGGACAGCUCACGGGAGUUUGGUUUCCCAUUUCAGUCGAAGAAUUGACAUCUUCCCAGGGCCCAAGAUUGCUGACCAAGAUGCUUCGGCAUGGCCAGCAUUUGCCACCUAGCGUGGCAGUGACGAGUGUGCGAAACCUGCGUCAAGACAUCAAAGACGGGGUCAAAGGAGACAAAGCUCUUCUGGAAGUGACAUAUUCUGAUGAAGUUGACCUGCCAAAGACCUUCUUUGUGAAGUUCAAUCUACAGAAAAUCGGCGCCAUGCGACUGUUAGUUGCAACUUCGGAAAUUUGCCUAUGCGAGGCGCUGUUCUAUCAUCAUCUGGCGGAGAAAGUGGGUGAGUUUCUCAAGACGCCAAAAUGUUUUUUCGUGGAUUUCAACAAGCUCACAGGUGAAUUUUGCUUGCUGACAGAAGCUCUUAACUUCGGGCAGAAGCCUUUCUUGCCUUUGAAGCAUCGAAUUCGCAAUGCUGCUAGCUUGGAGGAGCAGUUGCUCUUCGUGGAGAACGGUGCAAAACUUCACUGUAACUAUUGGGCAGACAACGAGGUGGUUCGGAACAUGCCGAAGUUUCAUGAAACUCAUCGAGAGAUGUGGGUUCUUUGUGCACUCAGUGGUCGUUUUGGGUUGUCCUACACAAUGCAGAAGACGCUGAGGGGCACAAAAGUGAAUGAAGAGUGGAUGACCUGGGAAUGCCCUUCCGAGUUGAUGGGCAAGGAGUUGGAGCUGAUCCAUGACAUGCCUCAGAUUCUCACCUCGCUUUCAAAAGAUCCUGAAAUGGCUGCCUUUGGUCACAAUGAUCUGACCACCGACAACGCCUUCUACUGGAUAGCUGAAGAGAAGUUGCACAUGGGUUUGUUUGACUGGCAACAAAGCUGCGUCAACAAUGUCGCCCAAGAGUGGGCCUGGAACUGGCACUUUUUGGAGCCAGACUUCCUGACGGAACAUGAGGAGCACCUGCUCGACCAUCUAUUAGCAACUUACAAGAGAUUGGGGCGGCAGAUCUCCAGAGAGAGAUUUUUGAAUGCCUAUGUUCUGGGCAGUGUGCAGAUGUUCGUUUUUGGUGGCGGCGGUCUACAGCUGCUGCUGGCAAGCCUGCAGUCCAACGGCAUCUUCCAAUCUUUGGUGCCCAACGACCCUCGAUGCAGCGACGAGGAAAUGGAUCCAGUCUUACGAGAGAAAAUGGUUGGAGCAGAGAUGACUCGCAGAACCUUUACCAACUGCUGUAACAUUAUGCGGAGACACAAUUUCAUGUCUGCGUGGCGCGCGUGGAAAAGAGAACUGACCUGCUUGCAGUUGGAGCAAAACAUGAGCAGGAACAUCACAUCAACAGAUCUUGUAGGUAGUUGCUGUCUGAUAUCCGUGAACCAUAUUUAUACAUACACAUAA